AUGAGAUCAGCUGCGACGACGACAAUAGAACGGUUUUGGGAAAUAAAAGAGAUUGAAGAUGAAGAAACGAUAGCAGAAGAUGAUUACUGUCUAAAAAAAAGAUUUGUAGUGCGAUUGCCAUUUGCUGAAGACAGAGGUUUGGGAGAAUCAUAUAAAAGAGCAAUGGCGAGAUUUUUAAGUCUAGAGAAAAGAUUAGAAGGAUGUCCGAAAUUGAAAGCAGAAUACAGAAAAACAGUAGAUGAGCUUAUUACAAUUAAUCACAUGGUGAAAGUAGAUGAGAGGAAACCAGGAAAAUAUUAUAUACCGCAUCAAGCAGUGAUACGUGAAACCAGCUUAACCGCAAAAGUAAGAGUGGUGUUUGAUGCAUCGUCGAAAACACCAAAUGGAAAGUCUCUGAAUGACAUUAUGCAUACAGGUCCAAAGUUGCAAAAGGACUUAUUGGAUAUUAUCACCAAAUGGAGAACUUGGAGAUUUGUCAUAUCAGCCGAUGUAGAAAAAAUUUUUAGACAAAUAAACAUAGACGAAGAAGAUCAAGAAUACCAAUAUGUCCUGUGGAGAAAUAACAAGAGCGAGCCAGUGCAACAAUUCAAACUCACCACAGUGACAUAUGGCACCGCAUCAGCGUCGUUUUUGGCUGUGAGGACGCUGAUAGAAAUUGCAAAUCGAUGCGAGAAUCAAGAUAUAGCCAAAAGAAUAAAAGAAGAUUUCUACAUGGACAAUUUACUUAUAGGAGCUAAUUCAAAACUAGAAUGUAUGGAAGUACAAGAGAAGAUAGCUCAGCAACUGGAAAUGUAUGGAUUCCAUUUAAGAAAAUGGAUAGCAAAUUCUUCGGAUAUAUUGAGAGCUGCAAAUUGGGCUGAAGAAAAUUAA